AUGCCCAAUCUGUCUCGAAACAGCCUCGAUCAUUUCGUCUCGCGCACCAAGGCCAAGAUUGUCAGUGCCAAGGGCAAGAUCAUCAACAGCCGCGACCAGCACCUCAAGAAGACGUCAGAGUUGCUCUCGCAAUUUGGCUUCCCCCCCGUCGGAGCAAAAUUGACCAAGAUACACCCUUCUCUCAUCGUGUAUCGAAAUGCCGGCUUCCAAGACCACGAAGAGGCCGAGGGGCGCCAGAUGCAUCUUCCCCUUGAGACCGCAAUCCAUAUCCAGGUCGGUGAGAAUUUCUCAGUUGUCAAGGAGAUGCAAUUCCGUUCGUCCUCUCAUCUUGUGGCGAGCCUGGAACAUGCCAAGGCCGCCAACAACCACAUCAAGCACUUCGCCGAAGAGGUUCUCACCCGCGAUGACCCCCGAGCUCUUCAACGAAGAGCUGAGAACGGAGCUGUCAAAAUUCAUCAACUCCUCCUUGUAGCAAGGACCAAGUGCUACGGCAACUAUGAGCAGCGUUGUUGCCAAUACUCCUUCCACAGCGCGCAACUCAUCGACACCACAAUAAGGAGCUUGAUUGUCAAUAUUGACCGCUCCAUGGCCGAAUUCUACACCGGCAUCGACAACUACUUCGAAUGGGAGCCCACAGCAUGCACGGAGUCGGAAGACUACAAGCCGACCCUGUAUGAUCCUGCAACGACCGAGGUUGCGCCAGUGAUCUGUGUCCCCAACAAUGACGAGGAUUGCGGUUACGAGAUCCUCAUCGACGUUCGAGAUUGGCGCCAGAACCAUUACCGCAUCAUUGAAAGCGAACUGACAACACCACUCACAGCCUACGCUGCACCAGACCUGGAACUUGUCAUCAGAGACGCUAUCCAGGAUGCUCUCGAGGAACAGGACUUCCGCUAG